UCCAGUUCACAUUCCUAAAAUUAUAUUCCCAUUUUGCUCCUCGCUCUUUUUCUCUCUGUGAUUUCUUGCGAAACCCAAAGCUCUCAUCCAUGGCCGAUCAGCUCACCGAUGACCAGAUCUCUGAGUUCAAAGAGGCUUUCAGCCUCUUCGACAAGGACGGCGAUGGCUGCAUCACUACCAAGGAGCUUGGAACUGUUAUGAGGUCACUUGGGCAGAACCCAACUGAAGCAGAGCUUCAGGACAUGAUUAAUGAGGUUGAUGCUGAUGGUAAUGGUACCAUUGAUUUCCCAGAGUUCCUUAACCUGAUGGCUCGAAAGAUGAAGGACACUGAUUCUGAGGAGGAGCUCAAGGAAGCCUUCCGAGUGUUUGAUAAAGACCAAAAUGGCUUCAUUUCUGCUGCUGAGCUUCGUCAUGUUAUGACAAAUCUGGGCGAGAAGCUGACAGAUGAGGAAGUUGAUGAGAUGAUUCGCGAGGCUGAUGUGGAUGGUGAUGGACAGAUCAACUAUGAGGAGUUUGUCAAAGUCAUGAUGGCUAAGUGAGGAUUGGUUGACAAAAACCAAAAAAUUGGACAC